GAUAUUUAGCCUGUGUUGUCUAAAAUUCGAAUUAUUGAUAAGUGUAACUGACGAACAAAUAAGCAAUUCUGCAAUUGAUUGCCACCCCGAGAUUUAAGAACUGUUGAUAUUCACAAGCAUUUACAGUUUAUAUUUUCCCCGUCGUAUACCUCAGUAUAUAUAGAGCUCAGUAUUGUUUAACUACUUCUCGAACCUUCGCUCGAAUAAAGGUUUUUGUUUAAAAUGUUUUUUUUUAAUUAUCUUGUACUGCAAUAAAAAUAAUGACACUAGAUUUUAAAGACGCCUGAGAGAAAAGGGGCGAUCAACGGUCGUGGGGAAAUAAACAAGACCUUUUCUAUGAUAUGAAUCAGUCUUAUCCUUUGGACAAGACAUACGUGUGAUAUGAUAUUUCCUAUUUAGCAAACAAGGAUAAUACGUGGUUUCCCGUCUUAAAUAUAACAUCAAAUGUAUCGCGCAUGUCGGUGUAGAGGAGACGUUUUGUUGGUGCUGCGUUAUAGAAAACAUGAAAUGGAAAAAAUAUUGUGUGUUCGCCUGCAUUUUUGGAUUUUUGUUUGUCAUCAUGGAGGUGCAUUAUAUUUCUGGUAGAUUUAAGACUAAGUUGCAGACAGGUCAUGUGCCUAUGACAUUGGUGCUUGGUUACAUGAGAAGCGGGUCAUCCCUAACUGCUGACAUCAUUCGCGUUAACCAUGGCGAUUUUUAUAUUUUUGAACCACUCCAUGGAUUGAUAGAAUUUUCAGUAAAACAAAACAGAUCUAUUAGUUUUCUAAAUGGAACAGAACAAAGGUUAUCAUAUAAUGAUACAGACAUUGAAAAACUAAAGACAGAAAUGAUGCUGAACUGGUUUACCUGUAACUUCCAGGACAUCGACUUAAACAGCUUGUACAAUGAAUUCAUUCAUAUUUACACCCCGGAGCACGAUUUGUAUUUUAACUGCACCCGACAAGAUCGUUCAAAUGAUUCCUCUCUAGCUAUGAAUAUAGCUCCAUGCAUAUCAAUUUUACAAAAGGCUUGUGUUGAAGCUAAUUCAAGGACGUACAAAACUAUACGUUUGCAUACAGCUUCGGUCGGUUAUUUGCUUAAAAGGCUGCCGUCACUCAAAGUCAUUCACUUGGUUCGAGACCCGAGAGCAAUCUUUCACUCACAACUAAUCGGUAACCUUACUCAAUCUAACAGAAACCAUUUUCAAAGUUUUUCACGACUUUUUUGUGGCAAGAUGUUAGAAGAUAUUCGUAACGUGAAAUUGUUAACUGUUAAAUAUCAAGGACGUAUUCAGAGACUUGUGUAUGAAAAUCUUGCAUUGAACCCAAUAGAGGUAUCUAAGAGUAUAUACAAUUUCUUACGUGCACAGUUUACGAUAAAAGUAAAAGAAUAUGUUGACAGUUUGACUACUGGGCCAAUUGUACGAUGUGAAUACUGCACUAGAAGAGGAAACUCAACGUAUAACGCAUUUAAAUGGAUGCAAAAUAUUACUUCGAUGUAUCUUCACAUAAUUGACAAAAACUGUAGAGAAGUAUACAGAGAAGUUGGUUAUUCCGGAAAUAUAUCCCUGUAUAAUGAGUCGUGGAAUCCAAACAUAUAUCAAUUAAAAGCAACACUGUAAAAGUUUUAAAUUCAGAAUCAAAUAUUGAGAAUGUGCAAUAAAUAUACG